AUGUCUGCGACGGUCAUUAUCCACAUAGAGGGGAGCACCACUUCUAUAGACUGCAACAAAAAGGUGAAUUAUUGAUUCAUUUCAAUACAGCACGAUUUUCAAUACAGUGAUUGAUUUUUUUUAUUUUAUUAUUCAAUGAACAGACAAUGUUUAAGAGAUACAUUUUGGUACAGAUAUCAGGACCAACUAAAGGCUCUAGAAUGAGGAUGACAUAUUGCACAAUGACCACAAUAACAAUACCUCUCCUGUUUUAUAAAUUAAUCAAAGCUAUUAUGUUUGUAGCACAUAUCCAAAUGCAUCCCUGGCACUGGGCUGAAGGACAGAGGCAGACAUUCAUUCUCCUAUGAUUUCUCCUACGAUUCUACUGAUGUCGGAAGCCCCAACUUUGUGCCUCAGGAGAAGGUAUAGAACACGUACACACACACCUCUGAACAUGCAGCCACUCUCAAUCCAAGUGGUACCCUGUUGGUUACAACUUCAUCAACUAGACUCUCAGUAGUGUGUGUUCUCUUCUCUACAUGGAGGAGAGGCAGUACAUCUCUCAUCUUGAGCUCCAGACUGGAGUCCUACAGUGAUGUUCUUCUAGCUCUUUCUCCUCCAUAGCAAAACCCUCAUACUGACUGAACUCACCUUGGUUUCACACAUGCUUCAGGCUUAACCCCUAUUUCACCUCUUACGCUCUCCCCGAGGGCCCUCUUCAACCACCCCCAUCACUGUUGCACCCCAUAGAAUUACAUAUAGGACACCUAUAUGCUCCUCUCCCUCGCCAUUGUCUACUAAGAUUCCAGUGUUGUGUACACCAUGCACUGUCUGUAUAAUACUAUAUAGUUUGAAGUAAGACCAACUCUUGUAAACCUGUCCAGAACCAUUGCGUACUCUGAACCUAAAACCUACAGUGGGGAGAGCAAGUAUUUGAUACACUGCUGAUUUUGCAGGUUUUCCUACUUACAAAGCAUGUAGAGGUCUGUAAUUUUUAAUCAUAGGUACACUUCAAAAGUGAGAGGCAGAAUCUAAAACAAAAAUCCAGAAAAUCACAUUGUAUGAUUUUUAAGUAAUUAAUUUGUAUUUUAUUGCAUGACAUAAGUAUUUGAUACAUCAGAAAAGCAGAACUUAAUAUUUGGUACAGAAACCUUUGUUUGCAAUUACAGAGAUCAUACGUUUCCUGUAGGUCUUGACCAGGUUUGCACACACUGCAGCAGGGAUUUUGGCCCACUCCUCCAUACAGACCACCUCCAGAUCCUUCAGGUUUCGGGGCUGUCGCUGGGCAAUACGGACUUUCAGCUCCCUCCAAAGAUUUUCUAUUCGGUUCAGGUCUGGAGACUGGCUAGGCCACUCCAGGACCUUGAGAUGCUUCUUACGGAGCCACUCCUUAGUUGUCCUGGCUGUGUGUUUCGGGUCAUUGUCAUGCUGGAAGACUCAGCCACGACCCAUCUUCAAUGCUCUUACUGAGGGAAGGAGGUUGUUGGCCAAGAUCUCGCGAUACAUGGCCCCAUCCAUCCUCCCCUCAAUACGGUGCAGUCAUCCUGUCCCCUUUGCAGAAAAGCAUCCCCAAAGAUUUCUGUUUCCAUCUCCAUGCUUCACGGUUGGGAUGGUGUUCUUGGGGUUGUACUCAUCCUUCUUCUCCCUCCAAACACGGCGAGUGGAGUUUAGACCAAAAAGCUCUAUUUUUGUCUCAUCAGACCACAUGACCUUCUCCCAUUCCUCCUCUGGAUCAUCCAGAUGGUCAUUGGCAAACUUCAGACGGGACAUGCGCUGCCUUGAGCAGGGGGACCUUGCGUGCACUGCAGGAUUUUAAUCCAUGACGGCGUAGUGUGUUACUAAUGGUUUUCUUUGAGACUGUGGUCCCAGCUCUCUUCAGGUCAUUGAUCAGGUCCUGCCGUUUAGUUCUGGGCUGAUCCCUCACCUUCCUCAUGAUCAUUGAUGCCCCACGAGGUGAGAUCUUGCAUGGAGCCCCAGACCGAGGGUGAUUGACCGUCAUCUUGAACUUCUUCAAUUUUCUAAUAAUUGCGCCAACAGUUGUUGCCUUCUCACGAAGCUGCUUGCCUAUUGUCCUGUAGCCCAUCCCAGCCUUGUGCAGGUCUACAAUUGUAUCCCUGAUGUCCUUACACAGCUCUCUGGUCUUGGCCAUUGUGGAGAGGUUGGAGUCUGUUUGAUUGAGUGUGUGGACAGGUGUCUUUUAUACAGGUAACGAGUUCAAACAGGUGCAGUUAAUACAGGUAUUGAGUGGAGAACAGUUUUUCUUUAAGAAGCCCUCCUAACAGGUCUGUGAGAGCCGGAAUUCUUACUGGUUGGUAGGUGAUCAAAUACUUAGUGGGGAAAAAAAGUAUUUAGUCAGCCACCAAUUGUGCAAGUUCUCCCACUUAAAAAGAUGAGAGAGGCCUGUAAUUUUCAUCAUAGGUACACGUCAACUAUGACAGACAAAAUGAGAAAAAAACAUCCAGAAAAUCACAUUGUAGGAUUUUUAAUGAAUUUAUUUGCAAAUUAUGGUGGAAAAUAAGUAUUUGGUCAAUAACAAAAGUUUCUCAAUACUUUGUUAUAUACCCUUUGUUGGCAAUGACACAGGUCAAACGUUUUCUGUAAGUCUUCACAAGGUUUUCACACACUUUUGCUGGUAUUUUGGCCCAUUCCUCCAUGCAGAUCUCCUCUAGAGCAGUGAUGUUUUGGGGCUGUCGCUGGGCAACACGGACUUUCAACUCCCUCCAAAGAUUUUCUAUGGGGUUGAGAUCUGGAGACUGGCUAGGCCACUCCAGGACCUUGAAAUGCUUCUUACGAAGCCACUCCUUUGUUGCCCGGGCGGUGUGUUUGGGAUAAUUGUCAUGCUGAAAGACCCAGCCACGUUUCAUCUUCAAUGCCCUUGCUGAUGGAAGGAGGUUUUCACUCAAAAUCUCACGAUACAUGGCCCCAUUCAUUCUUUCCUUUACACGGAUCAGUCGUCCUGGUCCCUUUGCAGAAAAACAGCCCCAAAGCAUGAUGUUUCCACCCCCAUGCUUCACAGUAGGUAUGGUGUUCUUUGGAUGCAACUCAGCAUUCUUUGUCCUCCAAACACGACGAGUUGAGUUUUUACCAAAAAGUUCUAUUUUGGUUUCAUCUGACCAUAUGACAUUCUCCCAAUCCUCUUCUGGAUCAUCCAAAUGCACUCUAGCAAACUUCAGACGGGCCUGGACAUGUACUGGCUUAAGCAGGGGGACACGUCUGGCACUGCAGGAUUUGAGUCCCUGGCGGCGUAGUGUGUUACUGAUGGUAGGCUGAGUGGAGGACAGAGGAGCCUCUUAAAGAAGAAGUUACAGGUCUGUGAGAGCCAGAAAUCUUGCUUGUUUGUAGGUGACCAAAUACUUAUUUUCCACCAUAAUCUGCAAAUAAAUUCAUAAAAAAUCCUACAAUGUGAUUUUCUGGAAAAAAAUUUCUCAAUUUGUCUGUCAUAGUUGACGUGUACCUAUGGUGAAAAUUACAGUCCUCUCUCAUCUUUUUAAGUGGGAGAACUUGCACAAUUGGUGGCUGACUAAAUACUUUUUUCCCCACUGUAUGUCAUGCAAUAAAAUACAAAUUAAUUACUUAAAAAUCAUACAAUGUGAUUUUCUGGAUUUUUGUUUUAGAUUCUGCCUCUCACAGUGUACCUAUGAUUAAAAAUUACAGACCUCUACAUGCUUUGUAAGUAGGAAAACGUGCAAAAUCGGCAGUGUAUCAAAUACUUGUUCUCCCCACUGUAUAUCGUUGCAGGUGUUUAAAGAUUUGCGCUGUGAUAUUUCUCUGUAUCAUUGCAGGUGUUUAAAGACUUGGGCUGUGAUGUCCUGGAGGCAGCGUUUGGUGGUUACAAUGCCUGUGUGUUCGCCUAUGGACAGACGGGAUCAGGGAAGUCUUAUACCAUGAUGGGAAGCCCAGUAAGUCACUUUUGAGACGCCAUGAUAAUAUGCACUAUUGUUGAUUCACUCCGGUCACAGAGCUGUUUUUUGAGGUAAUGUUUGUGGUGUAUCCUGCCACAGAGAUCUUAUUAAAUAAUAUGCAGUUCUAUGUAUCCUGUAGUGUUGCCUUCAAUUUCAAUUCAGUCAAUUCUGGAAGUAACCCUGAAGUUCCAAUUCCAAUUUUCCUCAUUUAAAAACACAUUUUCUUCCUGAAUAGAAAUGGGAGUUAAAUAAGGUUAUUCUAUCUACAUGUUUCUCUCCACUAAUCAGAAAAUGUGAUGAGUGGAGCUGUCUGAGUCCUGUCCACUCUCUGCCUCUCUCUCCUCUGUCUCUUCUCCUUGCACAGCACAGGAAACACUCAGUACACAACAGUCAGACCGGCGGAGGCUAAUGAGUUUUCUGCUUGUCUAACCACCAGGAGACUUAUACAAGGUCAACACCACCAUAGAAAGCUGCUGUCAACAUGUUGGCUAAUCAUACAGGCCUACAGGGCUGUUAAUAACCACAUGCACUAUCUGCUGUGUGUGCUAAUUAAAAACAAGAGGACAGGACUUCACAAAUCAGAGUGGACCGACGUGCUGUUACGCCUCAGUAACGCUAACUCCAAAUUAUAUGCCCUGGCUGGCUGGCUGGCUGGCUGGCUGGCUGGCUAGUUGGUAUUUGUAAGCUGUUAGAAGUAGUUGCCUGAAUUGAUGAGUCGGUGUGUGGACAGGACAGAAGAGGAGAUGGAAUGUAGGAAACCUUUUACCACACAUAGUACUAUCCCUGUUCACCAUUAGAGGCUAAGGUUAAUCAAAUACAGUUUUUAUUUAUAACAAAUGUAAAUAAUUCUGAAGGGUAUUAUAAUAUAAUAACAGUAUGUAUGUUUAGCAAAUAUAAAUGUAAGUCCUCUAUGUCAUACUUUCUACUCCUUGUGUUGCAGGGAGAUAUAGGUCUGAUUCCACGGAUCUGUGAAGGCCUGUUCUGUCAGAUAUCAGAGAAGAGCCAGGGGGAUGGGGCCUCCUUCCGCACAGAGGUCAGGUAAUAGUCAGCACUGCUGAGCAACAAACAAACAACAACAACAACAACUAGGAUGUUGUUGUGGAACAGUUUAUGGCGACGCAAGGGAUGGCUACAAGGUACAGAUUUCCUCUGGGGGACCACUAGCAGUUUAAAUACGUCUGGCAGACAGCGUGGUCCAAUGGUCUUGGCUGGAGGGCAUGUUAAUUUAGCACUUAUCUAACAAGUGACUAAUUACUUGAGAAGAGAGGAAUGGACCAUGUGUGGCCAUCUCUGUUGGUAUUCACAGCGGUUACCUGGCCAGACUUUUAGCCAGUAGUGCAGAUAAGAAUAAUAUGUGGAGGAUGCCCCGACUGGAAGUCUGAGGGACAAUAGCUAGCUGACUGCUAGCUGAAUUGACUGCCAAUCCCCAUAGAGGAGUGCUAGGCUAGUUGACCUGACUGCCAAACCCCAUAGAGGAGUGCUAGCUGACCUGACUGCCAAUCCUCAUAGAGGAGCGAUAGGCUAGCUGAGCUAAUUGCUACAGUAGCUGACCUGACUGGCAAGCCAAGCUUCUGCCUUAAACUUCUGCCCAUUGUGAAUGAUUGAGGAGUACAGAGUGCAUACAGGAUGUCUGUAUGCCAAUGAGCCUAAAGAAAAGCUGUAAUUUAACAUCUCUCCUGUCAGUAAUAAUUAUUAUGGCUUUUAUGACUAAAUAAAAACAUUUCCCUGCCACUGUCAGAAUAAAUGGGUUGUGAGAACUAUUGUAAUUCAAUAAACAUCUAGGCGUUUUAAAAACGUAUUCAGGUGGAAGUUGUUUCAGCUUUCAUUUGUGUGCUCACAAAGAAAUCAUUGUUGACUGGAGCCAAACAACUGAGCGAAAACAUUAACCGUCUUUAUUUCCUCCCGCUAACAACCGAACAGAAAAUCUCUUUGUUCAGGCUGUGAAAAUAUCAUUUGCUCUGAAGUUAAUGUCUCUUUAAUCUCUGUCAGUACAACAAUAGAUUAGGAAAAUCAUGGAUUUUAAUGUGUUUUUCUGACAGGGUUUAAUUGGGUAAUUCGCUAACUGAGAGCUGAAAAUGAGCUUGAAAAUACAAUUUGUCAGUGGAUGAUUGGAUCUAGUGAUAAGUCAUGUUGAUAUUAUUCUGAUGGUUGAAUGAAAGCAGCCAUGUCAGUGUGACAGACAUCAGGAACAGGAAAUGGAGUAGCUAUCUAACGUCUUCAGACUGACAUAAUUCUCUAAGGUGUGAUAGGGGAAAUGAAGACAAGUAGCUUUAACCACAUCAAAUGGCAAACCUCUCUAGAGCAUGUACCUACUGAAGGAAGCUUGCGGUAGAUUGUUCUGCAGCCUGACGAUGGUGAUGUGAAAUGUUCCAUGUCUUGUUCUGUUAGUUACCUGGAGAUCUAUAACGAGCGUGUGCAAGACCUUCUCACGACUAAGAAGAGCCCAGAGAACGGGUCAGGACUCAAGGUCAGAGAACACCCCAAGGAUGGGCCGUAUGUGGAGGGUAAGACUUGAUCUCUCACCGCCACACUACCGCAUAGAUUAAGGACAGAUCAGUGGUAUAAUCUUAGUGGUGACAAGCAUAGAAAUAGAAUGAACAGAAAGGGUGUCUCCAUUUAAGUCAAUGGUGGCAUAAUGGGUGGACUGGCAGCCAUUUUGACUGUACCCAUUCCAGGUAGUAAAAACAGGAAGUGUACCCUUCAAUCUGUGCUGUGAUUUGUUGAGUCAACUCAACUGACAUUACAGAAAUACAUUCCAUUCUACAUUACUAUGGCAAUCCAGCAUCAGUUGAUUGAACAUUCCAAAAUACCAUGGGAAUUAUUGCAUCACAAUACCAGGCAGCCAUUGCGAGUGUACCCAUGAGUUUACCAGUCAAAUUGCCAGGGUUAGUGCUUCCAAGACCGUUCAAUUAAUUAUAUUACCCUUUACAGACAGAACGCCGGUACGGUAAUGUGACGAUAGCAACAAUUGAUAACAUUUCAGACAAUUUAAAAAAGUGCCGCAUCAGAAACAUCUACCUUUUCAGACAGUAGAAUUCUGCUCAGGCAUAGAAUGUUCUGUAUUGUUUCCCUGACAACAAUAAACAUAGCUGAUUGAUGCACUGCUGUGUCGUUUUUUUAUGGUAUGGUAGCUAGAUGUGUUUUAUUUCUACUAAAUGUCACGGUAUUUAAUGAACUUUAACAUCCUUUUUUAGGAAAGAGUGGUCUGCUCGCAGGCAGCUCGAGAUUAUUUGAUUGACAGUUCUGGUGAUGGACGUUAGUCCCACUUCAGAAGCGACAUUCCUUUACAGACGACAAGUAAAAUGGCCGUUCAGUGGCGCUUCGAAACUAUCUCCAGAGGUUUCAUGGCAGGCAUUUAAAAAGCCGUAGUGUACCCUUACAGACAAGCAAACAUGCCGAGGCGCUUUCAAGGCGGCACAUUCCAUAUGUCUGAAAAGGGUAUGUUUCUAUGUUGACAAGGCCCCUUUCUAUAGUGAGGUUCUCUCACUGGUCCGGGCCGUAGACAGACAUGAUGCUAACCAACACAGACGGGUCAUAGUGGCUAACAGGAUCUGAGCAUGUCAGCAUAUGUGAUGUGUCAGGUGUGAUUCUCCUUGCUGUGUGUGUGUUCAGACCUGUCGAAGCACCUGGUUCAGAACUACAGGGAUAUAGAGAAGCUGUUGCAUGCUGGGAACGCCAAACGCACCACGGCGAGCACAGGCAUGAACGAUGUUAGCAGCCGCUCACACGCCAUCUUCACCAUCAACUUCACACAGGUACAUACACACACUGUUAGAGACCAAGUGUUUUUUGUAAUAUAACAAUACAUGGUACUUUUAUCCAAAGCAUCUUACUGUACAUUGAGUCAUAAAAAUGUUUGUCUGUGUCACUGUGAUCCCUGUGGGAAUUGAACCCACAACCUUGCUUAUCAACUGAACCACACAGGACCACUCGUGUUCAUGUCAGUUUUUACUUGCUUGGUGUGUGUGUGGUUGACGCUUUUGAUGUUGUAAAUACAUUAUUUACUAGCCUUAGGAUGCAACCGAAGACCAGCCCUUAAGAGCCAGUUAGUCCAUUUUCUUAUUGAGUAAAUUUGUCCAAUAUCAGUAUUGAACAUGUUUGGUAGCACAGUAUUGAGUGCUGAUUUGCCCUGUUAGUUCCCUCUUGUAAAUGAGUGGUUUGGAUCCUUCUCUCCUUCUCUCCCUUAAUUCAUUCCUAUUGUUAACAACUCUGUGUGUGUGUUUGGGCGUGUGUGUGUAUGUACCCGUCUCCAGGCUCGUUUUGAUGCAGAGCUGCCGUGUGAGACGGUGAGUAAGAUCCACCUGGUAGACUUGGCGGGCAGUGAGAGGGCUGAUGCCACUUGCGCCACCGGUGCCAGGCUGAAGGAAGGAGCAAACAUCAACAAGUCCCUGGUCACACUGGGCAUUGUCAUCUCUGCUCUGGGUAAAUGAUGCUUAGUACACACACACACCAGGGUUUCUGUUGGCCGGUAAUAUUAAUUUGUUAUGAAAAGACGAUAAAUAAAAUUGCCGCUGGCCAAUUGUCCGGGAGAAGGAAAGAAAAUCCCCUUGCAAAAUAAAGCGUUUUAGCCUAUUCAUUGACAGAAAUACCAGUCAAUGUAAAUGCAUUUCACUGUUCAUGGUCUAUAGGUUAAUUUGCAUAAUUUAGUGGAAUUAAAUUGGAGCGUGUGCGGUAUAUUUGUUAUGUACCUUAUUUAUCACACGGGUACAGCAUACAGAUACAGAGCCUUUGAGCGGAAAAUAUGUCAGACAGCACGAGAGCUGCUGCUACAGCAUCUCAAACAGCAAAAGCACAGGCAACGGAAGGCAGGCUUCAUCAGCAAGUCACACCACUUUGUAAUGAGCAGGAGUCAGUAUGCAUUUUGAAAACAUGUACUUAAUUGUUUGAAACCUGAACGUUUUACUACAUGCUAUGAGGCAUGUCUUACUUUGCUUCAAAGUAGCCUAGCCAAAACCGGACCAGGCAAUUUAUUUUAUAUCAACUUUCUUUCGAUGUCCAGUAGGCAAAGGCACAAUCCUAGUCAUAUUAGCAACAAAUGCCAGUUGUUGCAUAUUAGAUCUCCCCUCUUUCUAAAUGUCUAACUGAUAUUUCCAUCUCUGUCACAUGAAACUGCUGUGGUGCGCUUUUGACAACGGUGUUUUCCACUAAUUGCAAUAUGGAUCGAACAUUCAUCUGUAGCCUACUGCCUUGUGUCCAUUGCUGUGCUUAUAAUGUGAAGAAAUAAUAGGUUAUCAACAUUUUAAGCUAAAUGUUCUACUCUGUUGCAUCAUGUUUUUUUAAAUGUAGCCUAGGCCUACUGGUUGUAUGAAUUUGGGAUCCAUCGUCCCACAACUGUCCCAGAGUCUGUUUUGGCUAUUUCUUUCUCGACCAGCUGACCAAUAGAAUAGGUCAACUUUUCUACUAUGGGGGACAGUAGAUUGACAUAGGCUAGUGAUUUUGCUGUUCGUUACUUGUCAUGUUGGCUGAGGAAAAGUAAAUGUGGACAGUUACUCUAACAUGUUCAAAGUCCGCAUCAGAAUUUGUUAAGGACCACACAUUGUUGCGUCCUGGACAUGCAUGUUCUGUUAUUAUGAAUUACCAUAUUCUAAAUGUGAUUUCUGAGCACCGUCGGUGGAUGCACUAAUCAGGUUACGCACCCAAUGCAUAUGGGUCCGGUAAAUUUCUCAAAAUGUCCAUUAAAUUAAAAUGCUGCUGUUCAAAUGGCCGGUGCCACAUUUUCCUAACUGAAGCCCUGACACACACACGCACACACACACCACACCACAUGCCUGAUGCCAAACAUUGACACAACAACUUACUUCAUUUCAGAGUCAGUCAGGCUAUUUAAUAAAUUAAUAACACCAAUUAGACUCUGAAUAAGGAUACAUUUUUAAUCAGUCCACUGCACAAGUGGUAGCUACACUACUGGCAAAACAAUACUACGUAUUUAUGGUUCCAUUUCUAUCUGGCCUGUGUUGUGGCACAUCCUUUCAUGCUUUUGUAGUUGGUUUGGGAGAAGAUGUUAUUGUGUAAUUUUCUGUUUCAGUGUGUGUGUGUGUCUACGUGGAGGAGUAGUUGGAGGGGUUACCAAGAGGAAAAAGCAGCUCUUCGUCCCCAUGUAAAGACUCUGUCCUAACCCCUCUCUCUUUCGCUCUCUCUUUCUCUCUGCGUGUGUCCUCCUAGCUGAUGUAAGUGGAGCAUCAGGGAGUGUAGGUGGAGGUUCUGUCCCAGACCAUGGGAAGAGGAAGAAGCAGCUGUUUAUCCUCUACAGAGACUGUUCUGACCUGGCUUUCUCUCUCUCUCUGUGUGUGGCUGAAGGAGGAGAUGGAGGAAGAGGAGGGGGCUCCCACAAGGAGAAAAGGAAGAAGCAGCUCUUCAUCCCAUACAGAGAUUCGGUUCUGACCUGGCUCCUGAAAGACAGCCUGGGAGGAAACUCCAAGACCAUCAUGAUAGCAAGUAUGGUUGAUCUUAGUCUGUGGUAUUCAAAUUGGGGUUGCAAUCCUAUAUAAAAAAUAAAUAAUAAUAAUUAAGAGUACAUACAUUUUAACAUUUUGAGUAAAUGUAUUGAUUGAUCCAGAAGCGCAUAGACUGUAAAUACUAAAAUAAGACUAUAGUGUAUAUUCUGAUUAUAAGACAACAGUUUCCUGCCCAGCUAAUGGCUGACCCAAACUACACCUAAACUAUAUUGAAACUAAUUUCACACACAUCAUAUUAUAUGUAGCCUAAAGACAAGAUGAAAUUGACAAUAGUCUGAUGCGUAUAUAAUUGUCUUAAUAUCUUGGUUUUUAUGACCUUCUUAAACAAAAUAUUAAUUAAUUUCUUUGAUGCAUUUUUAAUGGAUUUAUUAGACUGGCGGCUAUACAGUGAGGGGAAAAAAGUAUUUGAUCCCCUGCUGAUUUUGUACCUUUGCCCACUGACAAAGAAAUGAUCCGUCUAUAAUUUUAAUGGUACGUUUAUUUGAACAGUGAGAGACAGAAUAACAACAAAAAAUCCAGAAAAACGCUUUUCAAAAAUGUUAUAAAUUGAUUUGCAUUUUAAUGAGGGAAAUAAGUAUUUGACCCCCUCUCAAUCAGAAAGAUUUCUGGCUCCCAGGUGUCUUUUAUACAGGUAACAAAAGAGUGUGCUCCUAAUCUCAGCUCGUUACCUGUAUAAAAGACACCUGUCCACAGAAGCAAUCUAUCAAUCAGAUUCCAAACUCUCCACCAUGGCCAAGACCAAAGAGCUCUCCAAUGCUGUCAGGGACAAGAUUGUAGACCUACACAAGGCUGGAAUGGGCUACAAGACCAUCGCCAAGCAGCUUGGUGAGAAGGUGACAACAGUUGGUGCGAUUAUUCGCAAAUGGAAGAAACACAAAAGGACUGUCAAUCUCCCUCUGCCUGGGGCUCCAUGCAAGAUCUCACCUCGUGGAGUUGCACUGAUCAUGAGAACGGUGAGGAAUCAGCCCAGAACUACACGGGAGGAUCUUGUCAAUGAUCUCAAGGCAGCUGGGACCAUAGUCACCAAGAAAACAAUUGGUAACACACUACGCCGUGAAGGACUGAAAUCCUGCAGCGCCCGCAAGGUCCCCCUGCUCAAGAAAGCACAUGUACAGGGCCGUCUGAAUGAUUCAGAGGAGAACUGGGUGAAAGUGUUGUGGUCAGAUGAGACCAAAAUUGAGUUCUUUGGCAUCAACUCAACUCGCUGUGUUUGGAGGAGGAGGAAUGCUGCCUAUGACCCCAAGAACACCAUCCCCACCGUCAAACAUGGAGGUGGAAACAUUAUGCUUUGGGGGUGUUUUUCUGCUAAGGGGACAGGACAACUUCACCGCAUCAAAGGGAUGAUGGACGGGGCCAUCUACCGUCAAAUCUUGGGUGAGAACCUCCUUCCCUCAGCCAGGGCAUUGAAAAUGGGUCGUGGAUGGGUAUUCCAGCAUGACAAUGACCCAAAACACACGGCCAAGGCAACAAAGGAGUGGCUCAAGAAGAAGCACAUUAAGGUCCUGGAGUGGCCUAGCCAGUCUCCAGACCUUAAUCCCAUAGAAAAUCUGUGAAGGGAGCUGAAGGUUCGAGUUGCUAAACAUCAGCCUCGAAACCUUAAUGACUUGGAGAAGAUCUGCAAAGAGGAAUGGAACAAAAUCCCUCCUGAGAUGUGUGCAAACCUGGUGGCCAACUACAAGAAACGUCUGACCUCUGUGAUUGCCAACAAGGGUUUUGCCACCAAGUACUAAGUCAUGUUUUGCAGAGGGGUCAAAUACUUAUUUCCCUCAUUAAAAUGCAAAUCAAUUUAUAACAUUUUUGAAAAGCGUUUUUCUGGAUUUUUUGUUGUUAUUCUGUCUCUCACUGUUCAAAUAAACCUACCAUUAAAAUUAUAGACUGAUUAUGUCUUUGUCAGUGGACAAAUGUACAAAAUCAGCAGGGGAUCAAAUACUUUUUUCCCUCACUGUAGGUAUUUGUGGAGGCCCGGCUAUUUUACUGUUAAUAUGCAUAUGUCAUUUUGAGGUAGAAGUGCAAAACGUUUUUGUAUUUUUGGGGUAUUUAUCUCAAAGUACUGCUAAAAUACACAUAUUUAGGAAAAGUCAAUGACAGGUAUGUGUAAGAUUUUUAUUGAAAUUAAGUUAUUAAAAUUACUACAUUGAAUACGGUCAGAUUGUCUUGGCAUUUCUAGUGUUAACUUGGCCCCAGACAAUCGAUCUGAGAUCGAUUUAAAUUUCAGUCAUGGGAUUAUUAUUUGCUUUAACCCCUGUACAGGUGAUUUUAGUAAGAGACCCACCGCACUUCUGGGUCCUCACACCUGUGAUGUGUUCCUGUCUAUCUUCCCACACAGCUCUUUCUCCCGCUGAUGUGAACUACAGUGAGACACUGAGCACACUGCGCUACGCUAACCGAGCUAAAAACAUAGUCAACAAGCCCACAGUCAACGAGGACAGCAGUGUUACAGUCAUCAGAAAACUGCAGGAGGAGAUCGUCAGACUGAAAGGACUAGUGGAGAAGAACAACCUGGUGGGGGGGGGGGGUGGUGGUGGUGGUGGUGUAUGUUAAAGCAUUAGGCUAAUAACUGUACAUGUGACCUCUCUCCAGUAAAGCAACCAGGUGUGUGUGUGAGAUUAUCUAAGGGUAUGUUGAAGCACAAUGCUCAAACAGUAUGGCCUCUCUCUCUUGCCAGGCUCCCCUUUCUCCUCAGGAUCUCUCCAAGACUCUGAAGGUUGAGGAGAAACUUCACAAGAAUGAGGCCAAGGUGAGUGAACUCUUCAGGACUACAGGGAGUGACCUGUGUAUGUUUCUCAGUGUGACUCCUAUGGUCUUGGGUUCUAUUCCUGCUGGGAACGUCAUACACAUUCUAAAGCAGUGUGCAUUCACUGUAGCCUAUUGUAAGUGCCUGCCAGUACCUAGUGGAAUGUACUGUAUGUGUUUCUCUGCAAAUAUGAAAAGUUGGAUGUCAAUGUUUUGUGACUACAGAUCUGUUCUCAUCAGUUUUCUGGGCUUGGUCUGUCUCAACAACCGGAAAAGCAUAUAUAAGUUUAGCUUUCUUAAUUAACCAGAAUAUCAACAGUUAUUUCUAGUUGUUUAUCAAAGUUAGCUGUCUAACUCAUUGAUCCUGCUUUGUAGUAAACCCUUCUGUUCUCUCCCACAGGUGUUAGAACUGACCAGGGAGUGGACCAACAAGUGGGGGGAGACCCAGAACAUUCUCAAGGUACGCUAAUAUCUCAGUUAAUUUGUUAGUUCUUUUUUUUAAACAUUUAUUUGACCAUUAAAAAACACAAUACAACCACAAAUGUGGACACAAUGCAUUUAAAAUCAUUGAUGAUGAUAAAGUUAAACGCAUUUCCAUUGUGGCCCCCCUUAUUAAUAAUUAUGGCUAUUUAAUAAAACCCAAAAUUGAUAAUAAUGCCAUUGUAGAGUUAUUUCAAAAAGGAGUAUGCCCACUCAUGGUGAAGACUGGUGCUUCUGCUGGCAACGCACUUGAGUUCAAUGAUGCCAGAUGGUGGUGAUGCCAGAUGGUGGUGAUGCCGUUGGCAAUCCUUCCUCUCUUACUGUUUUGGACCUAAAACCUUCGUACAACAUUUGACACACAAUUUUGGCUAGAUGAUAUAUGCUCUCACUCACUCACCCCAUCGCUGGCAUAUAUAUACAUACAUACAUACAUACAUACAUACAUACAUACAUACAUACAUACAUACAUACAUACAUACAUACAUACAUACAUACAUACAUCCUGGCAUAUCGGUUUAUGCAUUGGCUGACUCAUAGGUCGGCAACAAAGGCUCUCCACUAGAUAAUGAUAAUAUCAUGUACUCAUUUUCUAGCAUCUGGGGUAUGCCAGAAUGUAGAAUGAGUCUUGGGCACUGGAAUGUCAGUCACUGUAAACCAUGUGAAAAGUAAGAAACUUGAAAAUGUCUUUCUCUGGGUCAGUAAUCUUGUCUCCAUUUGUGUGAUUAUCUGUCACGCUUUAUCUCAGACACACACAUGCACACACACUUCUCCCAGUAGAUCAGCCCAACAGAUGGCUGUGUGUCAGUGUCUGAGCUUUGGGCUCCGUCUGACCGUCUGUCUAGAUCCACGGAUCCCCCAGAAGGCCACAGGAGUUUGACAUGUAUAAGCACUAUUUAUAUUUUAGGAUCCGUCGCUAAUGAAACACUAUUCCCUUUAUAGUGCACUACUUUUGGUCAAAAGUAGUGCACUACAUAGGGAAAAGGGUGACAUUUGGGACACACCCUUAGUCUUGGCUGCCUGGCUUCUCAUCUCACACAAUUAUGUUGCUGCUAGAAUCAUCUCUUGUUUGUGUGGCAGCCAAAUAAGAUUACAAAAAAGUUCUUAAAUAUCCAGGGACCAAUUUGCUGUUGGUUCUGUCAACUCAGUGGCUCUGUCCCAAAUGGCACCCUAUUCCCUUUAUAGGGCUCUGGUCAAAAGUAGUGCACUAUAUAGGGAAUAGGGUGCCAUUUGGGACGUAGUAACAGAGGCUCAGCGGGCUUCAUAGUGCUGUCUGGUGUAUGGAAAUGAGUUGGUUGAUACUCGGCACAGUAUAAUCAUUUGAUGUAGCAGGACUUUGGUGGAGUAGAUUCUAGUUUUCCAGUAAUGAACAUUUGUUUUCUGCUUCUUUGUUCUUCUUCUGUGGUGGACUGAUUAGCUAGCUAUGCUGAUUAUGAACUGAAUAAUGUUGCUUGGAAAGAAGAACCAAAUUGUUUGGAAAUUAAAGUUGGGGAAAUUAUUUUGCUAAGUAACUUUGUUUGGAGGAUUUUGCAGGACUGUAUUAUGACAAUAAUCGCACUAAGCCACAACGGCCACUUGAUUUAAUACUAAAACUUGCUUGUCCAUGUACCCUUUGUCUUCUUAACGAUCAGCCCUGAGAUUGGGUCUGUUAGCUUACCCACUUCAAUCAGUGUAAAUGAAGGGGAGGAGACCGGUUAAAGAAGGAUUUUUAAACAUUGAGACAUGGAUUGUGUAUGUGUGCCAUUCAGAGGGUGAAUGGGAAGACAAAAAAAUUUAAGUGCCUUUGAACGGGGUAUGGUAGUAGGUGCCAGGCGCACUGGUUUGUGUCAAGAACUGCAACGCUGCUCGGUUUUUCAUGCUCAACAGUUUUCUGUGUGUAUCAAGAACGGUCCACCACCCAAAGGACAGCCAGCCAACUUGACACAGCUGUGGGAAGCAUUGGAGUGAACAUGGACCAGCAUCCCUGUAGAACGCUUUCGACACCUUGUAGAGUCCGCGCCCCGACGAAUUGAGGGCAAAAGGGGAGGGAGGGUGCACAACUCAAUAUUAGGAAGGUGUUCCUAAUGUUUGCUAUACUCAGUGUGUGUGUGUGUGUGUGUAUAUACACAUGCAUACAUACAUACAUACAUACAUACAUACAUACAUACUGGAAUACUUAUAAAUGGUCAUAAAGCAACCCAAUAUGGAGUUAGUUGCAGGUUUUCCUACAUUCCAGUUGCCAGUUUCCAAAACAGUCUAACCAGCAUUCCGAUAUAGGCUAUGCGGAUAUAACAUUUGACAUUUUCAGCAAAGAUUGCAUGUAGUUUCGGUCUUCCCUAACACUCCCUUUCUCUUCCUCUUUCCGUCCCAUGUAAGGGCUGCUUAUAGUUCCUGUAUCCUACCAGUGGGUGUCACUGUUGCUCUACUGAACCUCAACAUGGUGUUGCUAUUUAAUUUUCCAGCUAUUUAGCUUAAAUGGCAUUCAACUGACAUUAGAGCUGCUUAAAUGGUCCUGAAGUCAACAUCUGACACUGGGAGAAGAGUGAGGGAGAGAAGGGGAAACUCAUCAGACAUGCCUAAUCGCUUACUCUCUCUCCAUCCCAUAUGGCUCAUCAGUGUGUGUCGGAGAGAGAGUGGGAGAGAAUUUCCCCCUUCAUACUUCAGCCUGCCAGCCCAGAGUUUAGUUUAUGCUACUCAGGCCCAAUAAAAAAGUAAGAAGUUGAUGUUCACUUCAGCUUCGCAAAGAUGACAGGUUUUGAGUAUAAAGUAGGAAAAAGCAUCCUAGUGGGGUGGGGGCAGCAAACACAGAUCGCGCAGCCACACCAUUUGAAUCUCAAUUGCGUUUCCUUGAUUCCUCUCAUCUCCUGCUCAACCCAUUGGAUGAGAAGUUCAGUGGGGAGGGACCAACUGACCUUCUCAAUCAAUGGGUUUUGAGCAGGAGACGAGAGGACGUGAGGAAUCAAGGAAAUGCAAUUGAGAUUCUCCCAUGGACUUGGUCCCAGCUUAGACAAAAGAGCUCAAUUUACUUUCACAUUGAAAGCGGUUCAACUUCUCAAGUAGCUCUUGUUCAGGUCUUCAGUUUUCCUACAGUGUCUACACGGACUAG